GGUUAAAAUUUGAUCAGUCAAGAGUCCUUUCCAAAUGAAUGAGUUUGGGAUCCAGCAUAUACGUAGGUCUACUGUUGAAUUACUAGCACGCAAAUACUCAAUGGAAAACCCAUUGUUUUUGGUACGUAUUCCGAUGCAGACCUGCUUAUUCGUUAAUCCUCAAAGGUGCUUUUCUAAGUUUAAUAGUUAGUAACGAUACAGGAGAUACUUCGGUAAGUAUGCAAACGGUAACCAAUAAUGAACCUUUUCAACAAUUAUCAGCCUUAAAUGAAAGUGUACAGUAAAUUUAUCUAAUAAAACAAGAUAUUGCUUCGUUGUAUAACAGUUUACCAUUCUUCUUGCUUCUAUUCCCUACAGAUAAUUGAAAAUCUCUGUAUGCAAAACCUACCCGCGCUCAUUGAUUGAUUGAACAAAACUUUACCCAAAAAACCUUAACAGUCAAGCGUCUGUGUUCCGAGAGCGUAUACAGUGCGCAGUGUUUGUGAAAGAGAGAGUGUGUGUGCCCCAGUACUGGUGUCACAGCUUCUGGCCGACGAGGUACCAAGGUUUGUGGCUAAUCUAACGAACUUCAGAACCCGACUGCUAUCGGGUUCUGGAUUCGCACUAGCGUUAGCACAGUUGAGCCUUGUCGUCGAAAAUUGGAGGAAAAAAAUCAUCCCGAUCGUUAAGUGAAUCCAACAAGUGAAGUGAGCUUGAGAGAGAGUGUGAAGCGACGAAAGUGAAGGAUCGAAGCAGAACUAAAACUAUUACCAAAGGAGAAGUACCAGUGCUGCCAUCUCUGUUGGACAGCGGUGAGAUCGGUGCAGCAAGAUGGACGAGGAAGUCGGACGGAUCGGAGGAGGGAGUAACGAUAAUGUAGCGAGGAAUCAGACCGAGAUCGAUAUCGAGAAACAUGUGCUCAGUACCACGGUCAAGCUUUCCGACAAUACGGAAGCAAAGGUGUUCAGCCGCAACGGGCGAAACAGGGAAGAUCAGUUUGUCUACUCCUGUCAUCUUUGCGGAGUUACCAAUCUGCCGGGAGAGCGCGUCCUACAGACGCAUAUCGCCGGUAGGAAGCAUCGAACCCGGCUAAGUUUGCCCUCGAUUGAUGCGGAACAAUUCCGCAACUCGGUUGCACCCAAGAUCGCGCCUAAAAUACAAAUGCACAUUGCUCCGGGGGAACCAGUUCCGCCGGGCAUGGAGAAUGAAGUGAAACCGGUAGCGGAACUUCAGGCCACCAUUGAUCGGUUCAAGGAAGGACCGAUGGUUGGUCUGGAGUACAUCAUGGAGCUGACCACUGCGGGCGCGAAGGAAGCCAGCUAUCAUUGCGUGCUGUGUGACAAGAAAGGUGAUCCUAGAACCAUUGUUGUCCACAUUACCAACUACAUUCAUCGCAUGAAGUUCUUGGAAAAGCACUAUCCGACCGUGGUCAACGAGUUGGUUCCCUAUCGUGGCCAACGUGGGGCUACCAAGGAGAUCAUUUCCCGAGUUAUCCAGACAGUUUGCGAAGCCAUCGAAGAUCACCAUGGUCGGCUGACGCCCUACGUACACGAAAGUGGCGACUAUGCUCGCAACAAGAUGAAGUACCUACAGGAGGUACUCUUUGAUAAGCACUUUGACGAACGAACCGGACCCAAGUUCGUCGAAGUGAUCGACAAAAAGAUGCUCCAGGAGGAGAUUGCGGCAAUCAACGGGACGCUGACUGCCGAGCUGACUCGCGAUCCUUCUCCACCGGUGGUGCAAGCUCCGCAGAAAAAAACCCGCCCAGCUCGGGCCGAUCGCAAGAGUUUGGAUUCGAUCUCCAGCGCGGACUCGGUUCAGAGCAUUUCGUCUGAGGAUUCCCCCAGCAAAGGCGUACCCCGAACUAGACCGCCGCAGCGCAAUCGCCCUUCCCAUCUAUCGCCAGCCUCGGCUCGAGAUCGUCGCCGUAGUCCCCCGGAACGGCGUCGCAGUCCCUUCGGUCGACGCAGUCCCCCGAUCCGUCGCCGCAGUCCACAGCCAUUCCGGCGUAGCCCUCCGAUUCGCGGCCGCUACAGCAGAAGUCCACCGCCGCGACGUCGAUCGCGUAGCCCGCCUCCGCGCAGGCGAGGAUCCCGCAGUCCCGUACGCAGACGUAGCCCGCUCAGCCGACAUGAUCGUUCCCCCUUACGGUUCGGCGAUCGGAAGUCUCGGUCACCUCUACCCGACAAACGUAAAGCGCUGCCGACCCCGAAGGAGCUCUCACUGCAAGCGUCGGAAAUUGCCCACGAGCGGUACAAGUGGGAGAAGUAUCGAUGCUCACUGGAGAUUGCCGUGGCACAGAUAGAAAAGACGUUCAAGGAGCACGAGAAAAAUCCGGAAAAGCACCCAAUGUACCCAGAGGAAUGGAAAAAGUUCUGGAACCGACGGUACAAGGAACUGCAGGCCGAGAAGAAGGAUCCGUCGAAGCAUGAUUUUAAACCCGAAUGGAUCGGAUUCUGGACGAAGAGGAUGAAGGAACUGCACGAUGAAGAGAUCGACAAGAAAAAAGCGGAGAUAAAGAAGAGAUUGAACUUGCCGGACGACGAUUCGGAGAAGGGUAAGAGUUUGAAGGAGCAGUACAAGGUGAAGGUCACCAAGAAGAAGCAACUGGCUACGGAGCCAAUCGAUUCGAGUGAAGACGAAAAAAUGAGCGUCAAGUCGUUCAAGCAGAAGAGUAGUCGAGUGAAGCGAUCGAGAAGUCCCAUCAGCGACGAUGACUUUGAAGAGACGUCACGCCAUAGCAGCCGACGCUUCAGUAGGGAACGCGAAAGACAGCGACCCCAUUACAGAGUAUCGUCGUAUAGCCAAGAACAGCAGGAUUACGAUGAUUGGGCGAAGAACUAUUACGGACCUAAUAAGAAGGUGUUUGUUAGAAGCGAAUUCGAUACUGAAGACACAAGUCCGCUCAACUUCGUGGCAGUCUGUCGCCUCUUGACCGCAUUGGAAGACUACCUUGGUAGUCUGGGACCGAAAGUGAUUGACUUGCUUUCCAAGUCGCUAGCACUGGAGAAGGUCAAAGCAAACUCAGCGGAUGAGCUAUUGCUGAAUGAGGACAACUGCAUGUUCCUGGAAACGGUCAAAGAGAAGCUCAAGGGACAUUUGAUGGCCGAUAUGGUUGAACCGCAGAAGAUUGCCCCGAUUAAGAAGGCGAUCAAGAACAUAGCCAGCUUGAUCCAUGAAGCUUCCAAGAAGGAGAGAGUUCAGCAGCCGGAGGAAGUAUCAAACUCGGCGGCGAUGGCAAGUACUUCGGAUGGAGGAGUAGAUAAGGCAGCCAUUGCAUCGAAAUUGGCUGCGGCGCUGGUUGCACAAGGCAAGACUGACUUCACUAGCGACGAGUUGGAACAGUUGAUCAACGUGUACGUUGCGAUGGCCGAGAAAUCAAAGGAGAAGGACGCACCGGUUACGACCAGUAGUUUCCUGAACGAAGUAUCUGGCCCUUCGGCGGCAAAGAACGACGUGGAGAACAAACCGGAGAAUUCAUCACGUCGUUCGGAAGAACCUGUUGACGAUGGAAACGCGUUGGAAGGUCUCACGGACUCAGAUCUGCAAACGUUACUCCAAAACUUCAAGGAUCUCUCGAGCGAAGAACAGUUGCAUUUAAUUUCGCAUCUUAAAAAGCUAGAAAAGACUGACCCGGUGAGGGUGGAAAAGUUGCGCAGAUAUGUUAAUCUGGAUGAUAAGCCUAGCGAACGACCGAGGGAUGAUUACUAUGAUGAAGAUUUACCAGAUCAGAACUACCAUGAGGACGAUAAUAGAGCGGACUUCCAGGAAGACGAGCUUGACUUCAACUCUGGAGUAAAUCAGAAUGAUCAGAGGAAACCUCUGGUAUCCGGCUAUGGAGAUGACUCUCCUGAUGAAUUUGCUCAAAAGAAGCUGAUCGAUUCGGAAGAUGAAGACGAUUACGAUUACGAUGACGUAGUUCGAGCAGCUUCCAAGAACAUCGUUGCUCCACCGUUGAACAGCAAUAGCAACAGCAUGAUGGGUUCGAACCGUCGAAACGACUUUGCCAGUGAUAACUUUGAUGGAAAUUCCAACUUUUCACGAGCAAGCAACGAGAAGAGUACUGCGUUAGACACACAAAACAUUAUAGCGAAUCUGAUGGGUUCUCUCCCGAAACCGGGGUCUUCCCAGACCUCCCAACCAAGCUACGGAAGCCCCAUUUCCACCAUCGGUCAACCGGACAAGCCACGUCCAAGCAUCUACGACGGCUCCAAUCCGGCCUAUGGUAGCAAUCCGUACGGAACCAAUUCCUCUAGCCACGCGUCCGGCCCUGGCCAUCCUCCUGGCAACUUCAUGAAUCAACAGAACCGUCCCCAGUUUGCUCCGAUCCAGACGGCCAACACCAGCCUGAACAGCAUGCCGUACUACUAUCAACAGCAGAUGCGAGCCCAGCAGCAGCAGCAACAGCAUCAGCCACCGCAGAUGUCGCAGCAAUCGCAAAUUAAUGCCUUCGGAGGCGGAGGACGACCGCCACGACCGCAGAUGCAGAGUACCUUCCCCUGGCAGCAGAAUGCCACCCAGCGGCAGCCUGCGCCGGGACCUUCGCCGUACCAACAACAACAGCAGCAGCAACAGUACGGCAACAACAGCUACUACUGAAUGGUUCUACAUUGAAUCGUAAUGUAGAAUUAGGUCCUAUUGCUUGAAGGUAAAUAUUUUAUGUUUAUUGAGAUAAGAAACUAUAAACAGAUUUUGAUCCACUCAAUGAGAACUGAAAUUAUAAGCUCUAAUAAACUAUAGUUGUAUGGAA